AUGGCAGAACCUCAAAAGAAUAUUGUGAUUCUUGGUGGCUCCUAUGCCGGCGUGUCUACAGCCCAUUAUCUCCUUAAACAUGCUGUACCAAAGCUGCCCACCAAAGAAUCCUUUCGGGUCGUCAUUAUCAGCGCCUCAUCGCACGUCGUGUGUCGCCCUGCGUGUCCACGUGCGAUGCUAGCGGACGAUAUGUUUCCACAAGAUAAGCUCUUUGUCAGUAUUCCAAAGGUUUUCGAUCAGUACCCGGCACAAAAGUUUCGCUUCAUUCAUGGCACAGCCACAGAGCUUGACCACGCCAACCGAAGCGUCUCCUUCAUCUUGAACACUGGCUCGACUGAGACGAUCAAUUAUUACUCCCUCGUCAUUGCCACCGGCGCGGCCACUCGCCUCAAAAGCGACUGCGACUCUCUUCGAGCAAGUUGGAAGUCAUUCCGGGAAGCACUCCCAGCUGCCAAGAGUAUCGUCAUUGCUGGUGGAGGUCCUGCCGGUAUUGAAACCGCUGGGGAGCUUGGCGAGUACCUCAACGGACGCGCUGGUUGGUUCAGUGCGAAACCACCAGAACCCAAGGUUUCCAUCACGGUCAUCUGUGCCGACUCCAAGAUCCUGCCCGCGCUCAGGCCCGCUAUCGCAAAAAAAGCCGAGGAUUAUCUCGCGGACGUUGGUGUGACAAUCAUUAGGAACGCUCGGAUCAAAGCAGUGUCACCAGAAAGCGCGGGGACGACGGAUGUCGCGAGCAAAGCGACAUUGGAACUUGAAAAUGGGGAGAGACUUGAUGGAGAUCUCUAUGUCCCAGCAACCGGCACGAGACCGAACACCAGUUUCAUAUCUAAGGAGUUACUGAAUCCCAAUGGCCGUGUCAACACUGAUGAAUCGACUUUGCGUGUGGACAUAGCUGGACCUCGCGUUUACGCUGUUGGUGAUGUUGCAUCAUAUGCACGGCCUGCAAUUCAUCUCGUCCUCGAGGCCAUACCUGUCGUCUGUGCAAAUAUUAAACGUGAUUUACUGCUGGCCUCUGGGCAGGAUGAGGGCUCUCUAGGUGAGGAUCGAAUGUUUAAGGAGGACAAGAGAGAGACGCAGUUGGUGCCAAUUGGGAAGAGUAAGGGCGUAGGUGCUGCUAUGGGCUACAAACUACCGAGCUGGCUCGUGUGGCUGAUCAAGGGCCGGGACUACUGGUUGUGGACGACCGGAGGCCUUUGGAGUGGGCAGCAGUGGGUCAAAGAGGCGUAA